UAUUGUCUUCUUCCUAAAUACGUGAGAUUACAUAAAAUUUCACUAUCAAAAUACCAUGUUUCAUCAAUGGAGCUGUCAUGUGAAACUGCAAAAGGGUACCAAGUGUCGUGAAGCUGAGAGUGUUGCUUUGCUGUUCAUCCUAACACGAUACUACGAUAUACUGUUGUUCGAGCCUUUUAGGAUUAUAUAUAUAUAUAUGGUGCUAUGCACCUCUUGCAAAAUAGAUAUCAUAAGACUAUACAUUGAGUUUUUUCUCUUUUCCUCUUCCUUGUAUGGUUUUCUCUUUUCCUUUUUGCAACAUGAACAGUCACCAAGUUUCUGAUAUCAUGCAGAUUUAAUAUCCCCUCUGUUUAUGCUGCGCCUUUUUCUCCCCUUCAUCAUCCACAACCUUUGAUCAAGAAUAACAGAUUUUUUAUCUUUCUUUCAAAUUCAUAGAUGGAAAGUAUUGAUACUCCUCAACCCAAAAUCUUAAAACCCAUUGUUUGUGAUAUUAUUUUCAUACUCAAGUUUCUAUUUUCUAAUCAUUAUACAACUCAAAUCGGAUUCCUAAACAUUUUAUUUUUGUUUACUUUGAGAAUAUUUGACCUCUUCUUCACGUGCCUUUGUCGGUCUCUUCACGCAAUAUCAUCCAAAUCAGCCGAAAGUCGUCAACUUGAUGGGAUGAUAUUAUUGACAAUUAACUCCAUUGACAAUUUUUAGAUCCAUGUUCCAGAAACCAUGUUUAAUGGCCACUUGGUGGUCCCAAUCAAUUAAUGUUCAUGUAUUUCAUGAGAGAAGGAAAGUUGCAACCUGCAAUGAACAUCUAAGUAAUCGCAAUAACACUCAGUUUGAGUUCUUGAUUCAUUUCAUUUCGAUGCUAUGGCGCGUUAUGACGUUUUUCUGUGCUUUAGAGGGAAGGACACGCGCCACACCCUCACAGGUAACCUCUAUGCUGCUUUGCAGCAGGCUAGAUUCAGAACUUUCAUGGAUGAUGACGAGUUGAAGGGUGCCGACCAAAUUGCAUAUACGAUCGUUUUGGAAGCAUCCAGGAUUUCGAUCGUUGUUCUCUCCGAACACUUUGCGUUUUCCAGUUGGUGCCUUGAUGAACUUGCUAACAUCCUAGACUGCAUGAACACAAAGAACCAAGCCGUUUUUCCAAUCUUUUACGAAGUCGAUCCGUUCUAUGUAAGGCACCUGAAAGGUAGUUUUGGCGAGGCCAUGGUUGCCCAUGAAGCUAGAUUCGGAAAGGACUCUGAGAAAGUAGAAAAAUGGAGGUCAGCUUUGGCUCAAGUGGCCAACUUGUCGGGAUGGUGUUUUGGAAGAGGAAGGUGGUGCCAAUAUGAAUAUGAAUAUGAAUUCAUUGAAAGGAUUGUGCAACAUGUGACCAAGUUGUUACCCCGCUACAGCAUUUUUCUGAGUUUUAGUGGAAAAGAUACACGCUCCUUCACGGGUUUUCUCUACAAUGCUUUGAGCCGAAGUGGAUACCAUACUUUCAUCAGUGAUGGGGAACAUAGUUCACAAUCUAUUGUUGGGGUUAUUGAAAAAUCAAGGCUUUCAAUCAUUGUCUUUUCUGAAAACUAUGCACGUUCCCCUUCCUCUCUUGAUGAGCUUUUGAGGAUCCUUGAGUGCAUGGAUAUGAAAAACCACCUGGUUUGCCCCAUCUUUUACAAAGUGUUACCGUCGGAUAUAAGGCAUCAGAGAAAAAGUUAUUGUGAAGCCAUGAUUGAACAUGAAAAUGUGAUGGGUGAGGACUCUGAGAAGGUCAAGAAAUGGAGGUCAGCUUUGUUUCAAGUCGCCAACUUGAAAGGAUGGUGCAUGAAAACGGGGUACGAAUACGAAUUUAUUGAAAAAAUCGUGGAAAUGGCCAGUAAAAUUUAAAAUGUCCUUAACUUGAGUGAACUAAGAAAUUGCUGUGGUUUCUUCAAGUUGAACGAAGAAUUGAGGAAAUUUCCAUUGACUAAAUCGAUGUGGAAGCCACUCCUCAUGGAUCAAUCAAGGAGGAAGUUUACUACAAGACACAAACAUCGUAUGAGAUAUGGAUUCAAGAUUGACAUUACUUUUUACCCAAAACCUUAAGACAAUAGGUUAAUGAGUCUUUCAUCUUCAUAUACUGCUCUACUUUAUCAUUUCUAUCUAAUGUGAGACUUAAGCUCGUACUUAGAUUCCCAACAGCCAGAACCGAUCAAGUAAUUUAACAAAUGGUUCUUUCAGCAGCUUUAGCUCACAGAUUCAUAGCAGUACUAAUACUUACAAUCAACACUGAGGAAAAUUGUCGUAAUUUUGGAUAACAAUGCACAUUUUAUUCCUCAUUUUUUCAGUUAUCAUAUUUACAUAUUUACAUUCCUUACCUCUCUCAUGAUUGGUUUUUUCAUUAGGUAGAAAUUAUAUGUAUGUUAUUUGAGACUAACCCACUUAGGGGAUUGUCACAACUUCUUUGAUAUGUUGUUGUAUUGUUAUUAUCAGAAUCGUCAGUUAUUAAGACGAGCAUGUGACUCUAUUACCACUUAUGAGUUUUGUUUAUUAAAGAGAAAUUAUAUAUAUGUAAUUUGAACUUAAUCAAUUAAAGGAUUGACACAUCUUUAACCUAAAAUAUCAAGGUAUUGGUUUUGAGUCUUUUUUUCUUAUAUAGUAUUUAGUUUUGUGAAUUCUAUUCAAUGAUUUACACUUACACUUAAAUUAUUUUUAAUAACACCGCAAACAGAGGUGUCUAAGGACAAUCUACUCCAGUUAGUUCAAUUGAACGUGCUAAAUUCAAGGAGCAAAACCCUCAUUUCUAUUACUCUUUUAAUGUAUUUCAUUCUUUUUACUCUUGUAAUUAAAAGUGUUCGUAAA